CCUGUCUCCACCCCAUCGCAAACCCCUCCUCCCUUCCCCUUCUAGAUCCACCGGCGAGCCCCUUCCUCACCGCAUAGCCACCCCCGCGCCCAUCCAUGGCAUCCCCCGCGCCCUUCCAUCAGCAUCCAUGGCCUCCCCCGCGCCCUUCCUCACUGCAUCGCCACCCCGACCCCCUCCCUUCCUCUCCCCGACGUCCCCUUGCUCCGGGCCUUCAUCCUCUCCGGCCAGAUCAACCGGGCGCGGCCCCUACCCUAGGCAGGGAGGGUGGAUCGCCGCUGCGCGGGCGCACGGGAAGGAGCGGCGGCGGAAGCGCAUCCCCAAGAUCUAGCCCGUCAAGCACCGUGUCGAAGUCUCUCCUUCGAGGAGCUCUAUGUGCGGGUGUGCGGAGGCGCUCGUGAGGGCAGUGGUGGCCUUCUUCGACGCCUUCCUCGUCGACUGCUUCCUCUUCUGGUUCCGCCGCUGCCGCCCCCUGCCCCGGCCCCGACAGCCCCGCCUCCGCCCACCGGGAUCCGCUCGUGCCCAAGGACUGGACAGGGGAGGCGCUCCCGGCCUCGGACGAAGAGAAAGGUGCCCUGGGUUUCUCGGUUUUGCAGAGAGCACAUUGUCGAACCAGCAGAUGGCGAUGACACAGAUGAGGAGCUUAGGCGAGAGGCAACAUGGUGAAUCUAGUACAGGCAUCGUUGGCCAUCCUCUUCGAGGCUGUGUUUAGGUGAUUCCUCGGGUAGCCAUGACACUACUCUGGCUGAUUAGUACCCAGUGGCAUGUUUGUAAUAUUUACAGGGAUUUUACUUGUAGAAAUAAUGCUCAUGGUAUAUUUUUAUGUCCUGCAGCACAUGCUCUUUUUCGGUCUGUACGGAAUCUUGAUAUGGUGUUUUGCCAGCUGGGAUAUUAGAUUGCACUUCUUUAUGUGAUUUACUCAUGUUGGUACUGCUUGUUAAGUGAUUAUCUUUAUGCCCUUGCUACCAGUAGAAUGGUCUAUACAUGAUUGCUCUGUAACUUGUCUUUUCCGGAACAAUUUGCUUGGUCCUUCAUAUCUGACUAUGUAAUGUAGAAGCUCUACUUUAUCCUAACAGUUGCAUGUAGCAUUGUGCUACUAUCUGUGUGAUGCUAAACAAUAUGCUCUUAAUCUGUUGCUAUAUUCUCAAGUGUUGUUUACCAUUUACAUUGUUUUUACAUUUGCUAUAUUCACAAAUAGUAGUAGUGUCUGGUCUAGAUAAGCAAACAAGUACUGUAGUAGUGUCUGGUCUGGAUAAGCAAAGAAGGUAUGAUCUAUGCAGUUGUUGAUCUGAAUUGUUUGUUUCUGGGCGGUGUAGGAUGAGCUGCAGCAGGACGACCUGUAGCGGAAGAACUUCGAGGGCAAGAUCAAGGAGAACCAGGAGAUGAUCACCGGUUACCUCAUCCUCGUCGGCAUGGUUGGCUCCUUUAGCACACCCCUCUUUGGCUCCCACCAACUUACUUUUGUCGCUGGCUAGCAGCAUUUCCAGGUGUUGCGUGUUCUGGAAGAUGGAAGAGGAAGAAAAUUUAUUUUUGUUGAACUUUUUUUUUGUAUUAUGUUUUGUUGUACAUAUGAUUUGAUAGUUUUGUAUAGGAACAUGUGAUACUAUUUUGUAGGGCUUUACAGCCUGUGAUGUAAACAUAUUUAGUGAUGAAUUAUGAAAUUAUUUGCAAAAUUUA